GAGAUUGCAAUGCAAACAAGAGAAGCCACAAUAGAAGCAACUAGUGGGGAUAAUAUAUCACAGACUGGAGAUGAUCCAGAGUUCUUUGCUGACAGCAGUGUGCCUACGAAAUGUUGCAUUGACCAUAUUUCAGUUGUGUGCGAUCACUCUGCUACAGAUGCUAAUUGUACUGAAGAAUCUGAACAAUUGCUAUUGUCUAAUUGCUUCACAUUGGUUGAAGAAGUUUCUGGGCUCAAAAAUAAGUUGUUUCCCAGGGAUUCCUCAUAUGAGGAAACAACUGAAUCUGCAAAAUCCAAAGAAAGUAAUGUUUUGGGAAGUGGGGAUGCAGUUAUGGUAGAAUUUGAACAUUGCGAAAGUGAAUUUAGAAGCUACAAAGAACUUACUGAUGCACCACUUCGAGCUUGUGAUCAUGGUAAUCAUAAAUUUAAUGGUGAUUUGAGCAUUGAGGAAACUAAACCGAGCUGCACGGAGAUUGAGCCUUCAUCUGAGAAGUGUGAGCUUUCCAGUGGAAGUCAGACUAGGCACUAUAUUGAGCUUGGAGGAGGUCUGACAUCACCCAGAAGCGUAAAUCAGUCCAUUGGAGUAAUUGAUAGCGCCUUAACUGAUGAAAUUAAGCCCGAAGUUUGCCAGGACAUGGAUAGUCUUGUGAAGGACACAAAAUGUGAUUUGAAGACUUCAUUGUGCCAGGAACAGGAUGGAAAUUCAACUGCAGCAAUUGGCAGCAAUAAAGCUGUGAGCAAUUCAGAUAAAACAAAUCUUAUAAUCUUUCCUCCAAGAAAUGCAGUUCCAUUUUCUGAUGAAUGGUUGGCUGCUGUUGAAGCUGCUGGAGAGGAAAUUUUGACCGUGAAAAGUGGUGCAGUGCAAAAUUCUCCACCAGACAAGUGUUUACCUGAACCUAGCCCAUGGUCUCCGGUCAAAAAGAAAAGCAACGCCAUCGGGCCAUAUGACUGUACAAAGUUCACCAACAAUUUGUCCUCUGAUCCUCAAUAAUCAGCUAGGUCUGAAUUUCAUUUUUUUUUUAACUGGAAAACUAGUAUUAGAUAGUGACUAAAAGAUGAUAUUAGAUCAUUUUUUCAGUGCUUAGUUCCUGUUUCUUCACCUUUGUUAAUGAGGUAAUUGUGCCUGUGGCUACUGCUGCUUGUCACUGAUCAGGAUUCCAGGUUAAAGGUGUAUUAUUCUCCGCCAAACUAAGAAUCAAAUCCUAUUUUCCACUCUUAAACA